AUGACUUCCCCCCGAGUCUUCAUAAUUCGUCACGGCGAAACCGAAUGGUCUCUCGAUGGUCGACAUACAGGCACCACUGAAUUACCACUUACCGCCAAUGGAGAAAAGAGAAUACGUGCAACAGGACGAGCAUUAAUUGGUGAUGAUCGAUUGAUUGUUCCCAGGAAUUUGGCUCAUAUCUACGUAUCCCCCCGCAAGCGCGCCCAAAAAACCCUCGAACUCCUCGAAGUAGGAUGCGCCGACAAACUUCCCUGGGAAGAACGUCGCAAACACGCUGAUUCAGGAAUCCGCACCACCGCAACCGUAGAAAUCACCCCCGACAUCCGAGAAUGGGACUACGGCGCCUACGAAGGCAUAACCUCUCCCGCCAUCCAAGCCCUCCGCAAAAAGCAGAACCUCCCCCCUUGGGACAUAUGGCGUGACGGAUGUCCCUCUGGCGAAUCUCCUUCUCAAGUAAGCGCACGCAUCGAUCGACUCAUCGCCGACAUUCGAUCCAAGUAUCAUGAACCUGUUCUGAAUAAGGACAGGGAUAAAGUUAAAGAGGCAGGGCCGGGCGAUGUACUGAUAGUAGCGCAUGGACAUAUAUUAAGGGCGUUUGCGAUGAGGUGGGUGGGGAAGACGUUGAUGGAUGGACCGACGUUUUUGCUAGAGGCGGGGGGAGUGGGGACCCUGAGUUAUGAGCAUAGGAAUAUAGGGGAGCCGGCGAUAUUGUUGGGGGGUGCGUUCAUGGUGGAUGUGGUGGAGAAUUCCGUGGGGGAUGAGAGGAGAGGGAGGGGUGGUAUAGAGGAUGGGGGAUAG